AUGGGCGCUUCGUCGUCAAAAGCAGCAGCUCGCGGAGCAGCUCGCAAGUAUCCCACCAGAGCUCCCGGAGCUGUGCCUCAAGCUACCACUAUGAGGGCCCGACCUCAGCAGCCCGAGUCUCACGGUAACGGAUCAAAAGAUGAUGCUGUUCGCGCCAACGCCACAGAUCCCGACUUCGCCCCUGCCGACUUCUCUCGACGCCUUCACCAGAUGGGCAUCGUGCAGCCAAAUCCCACGCUCUCAAACUCUUCAACGGCGAACCCCAAUCUCUCACCCGAAUCAUUGGACAUUCCCCCAGGACCUUUAUUCCCACCGGCCAAGCAAAACACCACGCUGUCGGUGCUCGAAGCACGGCGUCGCCUGGAGCAAAUAGCCGCUGAAGACCUUGAAAACAUGGGCCGUGACCAAGGCCGACGCCGCCAGGCUGACAUGAGGACCAUUGUUGAUGCGGUACAGCUACUAAACAAUGGAUGGCCCAUUGCAGAUGUCGAGAAAAGGCUAAGGCUCAGCCCUGGAUUAUUGAGCAAACUUGGACCUGCCGGUGUUUUGACACACAUUCCUGCAAAUUAA